AUGCCCAUCGCCCUUCGCAAACGCCCACCGCCCAUCGCAGAUGCCCACCGCCCAUCGCAGACGCCCACCGCCCAUCAACAACGCCCACCGCCGCCCACCGCCGCCCAUCGCAAAUGCCCACCGCCCAUCAAAAAUGCCCAUCGCAGACGCCCACCGCCCAUCAACAACACCCACCGCCACCCAUCGCAAACGCCCACCGCCCAUCAACAACACCCACCGCCGCCCAUCGCAAACGCCCACGCCCAUCGCAGACGCCCACCGCCCAACGUCAACGCUUACUUUACAAUUUUCGUGCAUUUCCCUAGAAUACCAACGAGGCAUGCCUCUGUAUUUCAUUUUACACUUCCCACUUGGCUCUUAUACCUUCUAAUCUUGCUGUCUACUGCUAUGAGUGCAAGAGAACUUCGAUCUUUACAAGCUGGGGUGAAUUCUCCCCCCAAACGAGGCCGGAAACGUGGCCAAUCCAAUACUGAGGCAACAAACACCAAGCGUGCCAAGGCCACCACCAAGAAUGAUGUUGAGGGGAGUGGUGAGGAAGAACCAGAGGCUGGAAAGGGCACCACAAAGGGAAAGAGCGGUGGUAAGAAGGGGAAAAAAGCAAGAAUGACAGGUGCCCAGCGAGCUGCCAAAGACAAGGCUGAGAAUGAUAAGGGUGUCCCAGCCCAGCUGACACUGGUUGAGCGAGCUCUUGAAGCUGCUGGUACUUCUGUUGCACCCCCAAAGCGUACUGGCAAAUUAUCCACCCCUUCCUUCCUUCCUCCUGCUCCUACCCUUUCGAGCAGCCGUUCUCGUAUCAAUCAUGAGCCAGAAGUUACUGCUGGACAUGAAGAAGUAAGUGGUGAGGAGAGUGAUGAGGAAGAUGGAGAUGAGGGAGAUGAGGUUGAUGAGGUUGAUGAGGGUAGUGAUGGGAAAGAUAUCCGAUUUGGCCCACCAAGUGGUCGUCAUCAGGCCAAGUCUGGUUCUGGUCAUGAGGAGCCCUUGGCCAAGGAUAUUGAUCUUUCCAAUUUGGCACCUCCUGAGACAGAAGUCCCUGCUAAUGGGUCUUCCCAUUCUACUGGGGGUGACUCCAUUUAUGAUGCGCCACAAGAGGUCAGACCCCUUUCUAAUGGUCGCAUUAACAUCACAAUCGUCCAACAACCUCCUUCUGAUGUUGUUAUCGACAAUGCCACAUCACAUCUAAAUGUCAAGUCCCCCUGUUUUGAGACAUUGGGCCCACUUCUGAAAAAGGUGGCCAAGAGCUAUUCCCCUGUUCGCAAUCACAAUUAUCGUGUCUAUAUUUUGGAUAAGAAGCAGUGGUCCAUCAUGGGCCAUUACAAUGUAGUAGUUGAGGAUGAUGAGGAUGCUAUUUGGGAGGAGGAUGACAUUGGUAAAGUUACACAUAUUCUUCUGGAAAACGACCAUGAGCAAAUGGUCGCUUCUGCGAUUCCACCAUCAUUUCAUCAGUGCUCUGUCUCUCUAGGCUCUCAUUCAGGAUCUGUUCCUCGCUCUUCGUCUGUUGCUUCUGAUUCUCGUGGACAGUCUCGGGCAUCAUCUAUUAGUAGAUCUGAGGUGACUGGUCCUUCAAAGCUUUCUAGUGCCAACAAAGCACUUCUGUUAGAAUAUCUUGGGAUUGACAGAGAUCUUGCUUCUCUGGAUAAGGUUGGGUUACAGUCAGCCUAUCAGAAGUUUAAGGCUAUCAUCAAUGCUACACCUAAAGUUAUGGGCUUGAGCAAGGAUGCUGAGUGGAAGUCGCAGUUUGAUGAUGGAGCUGCCUGGGUUCCCAACAUUGUUGACUUUAUCCAUAUCUUUAUCGCUAAGACUCAGUUCUACCAAGUCUGGAAGCCUACAUUCCUAAGAGCAGAGGAAUAUCCAGAUAUGCGAGACUGGCUUAAUGAGGAGGAGGAUUGCCUUGCUACUGAGGAUUUGUGGGACUUAAGGAGCAGUCGAGUGCUGAGCUUUCCUGAUUUGAAGAAAUGGCUUGACAAAAAAGAUCGUGAGGGAGAGUUGAAGAAGCGUGGUGAUCUGAAGGGGAAGAGAAAAGCUCCAGACAGUCCCAAGAAGAAUCGUGAUAAAGAUAAACAUGUGGAGCAGAGAAAGCACAAGAAGUUGAAGCAGGCAAGGGUUAGGGAUUUGGAUGAGGAAGCUUCUGACACUGCGGGCCCUGGCUUAUAUAUCCACUGGGAAUAA